AUGAGUUCAAAUAAACUAUUGUAUAUAGGAUCAGUUGUAGCUAUUUCAAUUAUUUUAUUUAUUGGUGGACUUCUCAUCGGUCGUUUUGCUAUCCCAAGAGCGUCAAAUAGUAUUUCUACAGAUAAUUUGGCAAUAGUGAAUAAACAAAUAGAAGAAGAACGACUGAUCAUAUGGAAUGAUUUAAAACAACGAUUUCUAAAUCUUGUUAAUGCACAAGAAAUAGAAAAAAAUCUUCAAAAUUUGACUCGACGAACUCAUCUCGCUGGAACAGAUGAUGAUCGAAAUGAAGCUGAAUCUAUUGCUAGAUUAUGGCGUGAACAUGGUUUAGAUGUUACUAUUCAUCCCUAUGAUGUUUUACUAUCCUAUCCAAGUCCUAUUCAGCCGAAUAUUGUAUCAAUUCUUGAUCAAAAUCACCUACCAAUAUUUCAAUCGCAAGGCCGUGAAACGAUGUUCGAUGAAGACGAUAAAUCAUUGCCAUUUGACAAUAUAGUUCGACCAUUUCUUGCAUAUACACCUAAUGGAACUGUACAAAGCCAAAAAUUAUUCUAUGUAAAUUAUUGUACUACGGAUGAUUUUCAAUUUAUAGAAACAGUUAUUGAUAAAAAUGAAUUAAUUGGAGCUAUUGUUAUAUGUCGAUAUGGAAAAAUUUUUCGUGGAAAUAAAAUUGGUAAUGCUGAAAAAUACGGUAUCGUUGGAGUCAUUUUAUACAGUGAUCCACUGAACUAUGCUCCGAAUUCAACUCUAGUUGGCUCAGCCUAUCCAAAUUCUAUUUAUAUGCCCGAUAUGGGGCACCAAAGAGGUUCGGCAUUACUUCUAUCAGGAGAUCCACUCACAAAACACUAUCCUGCUAAAGACUACAUGUUUAGAGAUUCAAUAGAUAAUAAUCCAUGGUUGCCAAAAAUUGUUGCUCAACAGAUUGGUUAUAGAGAAGCAAGAGAAAUAUUAAUUCGAAUGACAGGAACACCAGUUCUGUCGAAUUGGAUCGGUGGAUUGAAUCAAGUGAAAUAUGUUUAUGGCGGCUUAUUAUUAAAUGACCAAUCAAUACAAAUAUCAUCACACAAUACCUUAGAAGUUCGACGAGUACAUAAUGUCAUUGGAACAAUUACUGGUCAUAGUGAACCAGAUCGUUAUGUACUUAUUGGAGCUCAUUUCGAUGCGUGGAAUUUCGGAGCUUUAGACGAUGGUUCUGGUAUAGCUGUGAAUCAUGAAUUAGUACGUGUAUUCAGAACUUUAGUAAAAUCAAAUUGGAAACCAAGACGAAGUUUAAUGUUUUGUGCAUGGGCUGCAGAAGAAUAUGGUAUUGUUGGUUCAGUUGAAUUCGUUGAAGAAUAUGCCAAAAUAUUGGGUUCACGCGUUGUAUCCUAUCUUAAUAUGGAUGUCAUUGUCGAAGGUAGUCAAGUAAUGUUUAUGGAAAUGUCUCCUCUGCUAUAUGAUUUUGCCAUUGAUAUAUCAAAACAAAUAAAAGCACCGUAUGUUAAUGAAACAAUCUAUGAACAAUGGGUACGUAUCAAUAAUGGUGAUCAUAAUGUUGGACAAUCGUUUUUCACAUUGGGAUUGAGCGCUAUUUCGGACUUCGCUGGUUUCAAUCAAAUUGCUGGAAGUUCAAAUUUUGCCUUAAUUUAUAAAAAUUAUACUAAUGUGAAAGGUGUUGCUAGUUAUCCAUUAUAUCAUACUCAAUAUGAAACUUUUCGAUUAGUUAAAAAAUUUAUUGAUCAUGAAUUUCAAGCUCAUCAAGCGAUCGCUCAAACCAUUGGUUUAUUAGCAUUAACGCUGACUGAUAUUGAUUUACUGCCCUUUAAUCCUACAAGAUAUCAUCAAGCACUUGUCAAUUUACUUGAUUUAACAAUAUCUGUUGCUCCUAAAUCAAUUAAUUUCACAUCACUGCAGAUUGCAAUCGAUCAAUUUAAAAGUGUUGCUGACCAAUUCAAUCAACGAAUUCAAACAACACUUGAUAAAUCAAAUCCACUACAACUUCGAAUAGUCAAUGAUCAAUUGAUGCAACUCGAACGAGCAUUUCAAAAUCCCUUAGGUAAUUCUAUUCAACAAGCUGAUCUGAAACACACAAUAUAUGCUCCUAGUCGAACAAAUCGGUAUAAUGCUCUUGGUUUUCCAAGUAUAACUGAUGCUAUCGAAGAUCGUAAUAUGACUAAUGUUCAACAGCAGAUUUCAAUUGUUACAUAUUUUAUUCGUUCAGCAAUAAGUGUACUUCACCAGCCAAGUACAAUACAAACAGUAUGA